GGUUUCCAAACGUGAUUGGGUGCAUCGAUAGCACCCAGAUUCCUAUUGAAGCUCCUUCAGUCAAUGAAGGAGACUAUGUUAAUAGGAAGUCAUUUCAUAGUAUCAAUGUGCAGGUAAUAUGUGAUGCAACCCAUCUCAUCACAAAUGUGGAAGCAAAAUGGCCAGGGUCAGUACAUGAUUCCAGAAUCUUUAGGGAAUCAUCACUCUGCCACACGUUUGAACAAGGGCCGAUCCGGACGUGAUGCUGCUGAUGUAAACAGCGGGCGGAUGAGCAGGAAGUGGAGUCGGUGAGUCUAGCUAUGGAACACGGCGCGCUGCUGGUUCUCUGCGUCCUGUGCUUCCAGACUGGCACAGUUUACACUGGAGCAGACCCGAACCGAAUCCGAAACUGCUCGGGUUCGCCGGACGUGUCCGUAGACUUGGAUCUGUCCGAGCCGGUCCGCCGGGUGGAACCGCGUUUCCUGUCCGUCACUGUGGACGCGAGCCUGGCGCAGGAGGAGGCGUUCAUGUACCUGCUGAGCUCUGUGAAGAUCCGGACUUUGGCCAAAGCGUUGAGUCCAGCUUUUCUGAGGUUUGGUGGAACCAGACAGGACUUCAUGGUGUUCUCCCCUCGGAGGAUUCACCAGGACCCCGGCAUCGCUACAGAACCAUCCUGUGCUGAAGGCGAGCUGCCCUCGUGGCUGGAGGAGAAGCUGAAGACGGCCUGGGUCCGACAACAAGAGGUUCUGCUAACGGGGGAUCUGCAGAGGAAGUAUAAAGCGUUCAAUUUCACAGAGACCACGGUCGACCUGCUCAACACCUUCUCCUCCUGUUCCGGGCUGGACCUGGUUUUUGGGCUGAAUGCAUUGCUCCGAACAGCUGACAACAGCUGGGACAACAGCAACGCCCGCUCGCUGCUGCAGUACUGUGAAUCCAGACGCUACAGGAUGUCCUGGGAGCUAGGGAACGAACCAAACAGCUUUGAGAAGAAGGCCGGGAUCCGAGUGGAUGGAGAACAGCUGGGCCGAGACUUCACCCACCUCAGACAGCUGAUGUCAGAAUCCAAGCUGUACCAGGACGCUCGGCUGUAUGGGCCAGACGUGGGUCAGCUGCGGGACCACAGGGUGGACGUUCUGACCGGCUUCCUGUCGAGCGGCGCUGCCGCAGUGAACGCCUGCACUUGGCACCAUUACUAUGUAAACGGAAGAACUGCGUCCCUGGAGGACUUCCUAGACCCAAAGGUUCUGGAUUCGCUGGCUGUGGAGACCAGCAGAGUUUUUCAGGAAGUGAAUCGGGCGUCUCCGGGUAAAAGCGUCUGGCUGGGGGAGACGAGCUCGGCCUGUGGAGGCGGUGCCGCUGGCCUGUCCGACACCUUCGUAGCAGGAUUCAUGUGGCUGGAUAAGUUGGGCCUUGGGGCCCAGCUGGGUCUGGAUGUGGUGAUGAGGCAGGUUCUGGUUGGUUCUGGGAGCUACCACAUGAUUGAUGAAAACCUGGAUCCUCUGCCCGAUUACUGGCUGUCUGUUCUCUACAAGGCUCUGGUUGGACCAGAGGUUUUGCGAAUCAAAGCCCAUGAGCACAGCAGCAGAGUGAGGCUGUACCUGCACUGCUCCAACCCCCGGAGCUACAGACGAGGAGCCGUCACGCUGAUGUCCCUGAACCUGGGCCGCGAAGCAGCGUGGGUCCAACUUCCUGCCUCCAUCUCUUCCAGUGCCGUGGAGGCGUUUGUCCUCCAAUCGGAGCCGCCGGGCCGGGCCGGGCUCUGCUCCAGGUCGGUGGCGCUGAAUGGGCAGCUGCUGAAGAUGCUGGAUGACCGCCACCUUCCCGUUCUGAGAGGAGCCGCCCUUCCUCCGGCCCAGCGGCUCAGCCUUCCUGCCUACUCGCUGGCCUUCUUUGUCUUCAGAGAGGCUGGAGCUGCUGCCUGUCGGAACCGCUGAACACGAUCAGGCCCAAACUAACUGAAGACGGAAGAGGUUGGUUUCCUGCUAAAGGGAAUUUUUGUUGAUGCUUAUGUCAGUUCUUCUUUUGUUUUGGUUUGAUAAACUAUUAAACGCUUCUAAUACUAAA